AUGCCUGAAGAGACGGAUCUAUUCCACGACGAAUCAUGGGGUGAACCAUGGCGAUCAUCCGAGUUUCCACCAGAAGAGACUCCGCAAGAGAGACGGCAGCGAUUCAACAAAAAGCCAGGAUGGUCAAAUGGUUGGAACGAUUGGGUUCCUAGAUUCUUCAGAACGCAAGCUGGAUCGUCUAAAAGUUGGCCGUGGGGCUAUGUCAUAUAUCGGACGACAUUUACAGAGACAUCUGAUCAAGACUGGGCGGCUGCGAUCGAGAUACUUGAUCGAUACUGUUCCACCUCAAUAGACCGUUGGAAAGACUUGCAGAAAUUUGAAUUCCAACCUAAUAUCUGUGAAGUCGUCCAUGAGGGUUAUCGGAAUGUCAUUGUUCAGGACUCUAGCUUGGAAGGGGCCUCAGCAGACGUUAUCCGCAAACGACACAUUCAGUGGGACAAAGAGCGGGGGUUUUUUGUUGGAUGCGGCACUCCUCGGGUUGACUAUUGCAUUGCGUUGGAUGCCCGCUGUAUACGGUCGAUUCUGGCAAGCACGGAGCCAGAUAAACCUGGCAUGGUCGGAUACGUCAACGUGAUUGACUGCACCUUUGAGUAUGAUCCUACUGAUCCCGAUAACGAAUGUUCAGAACACUAUGAUGGAUCGGUCAGAGUCUGUCUGAAUUGGCUGUUCAUGUUCGCUUUGUCUUGUGCAAGUCACGAUACCGGAGAGCAGACAUGGGGAGACUGGGGGAUGGAACGCCCUGGUUGGGCGAUCUAUACAGACGGACAUUGCUCAGUAGUUGAGAAAGAGGAGGUCUUCCUUUGUUCAUCCCAUUAUAAUCUCUUCUUCGCUUCAUGCUACCGUGACUAUCCGAAGGAAGAAAGUCUCACCGAGUCUCAGUAUAAUGAGCACGUCCAAUCCAUCACCAAGGAGAGGCAAACUGAUUAG